GUGUUUGCAAUGGUGUCUGCUAGAGUCAGUUGACGAAAAUUAACCCAUUAAUGCCCUCUCCAUGAAGGGACUUACGUGUUGGAAAUGCGACUGCUACAUUUAAUCGUUUUGUACUUCAUUGGCAUAGCUGUUUUGUGUACAUUUAUUGUGGAUCUAAUUGAUUCAAGAACCGGGAACGACCACGUCAGCAAACAGAAUGAUGCUGAGAAAAAUGAAGAUAAAAUGGGUGAUAAGUAUGAUAGAGUAUUUUGGAUUGUACAGAUUUCAGAUUUCCACAUAAGCAAGUUUUUCGAUAAACAACGAGCACCAGAUGUGGUGAGAUUUUGCAGAGACUACCUGAGCGUGAUCAAACCCGACAUAGUGCUGGCUACAGGUGAUCUUGUUGAUGCAAAAGAACGAAAUGGCCGAGGGUCAGGCCAGUAUCGGAUAGAGUGGGAGGAGUACCACAAGACAAUAAGGGAAUGUAGCAAGUUCCACAAUGCCAGAUGGCUGGACAUCAGAGGAAACCAUGAUGCAUUUGAUGUGCCAGAUCUACAAAGUCAACAGAAUUUAUACAGACAGUACUCCGCACAAGGCUUGGAGCACACAACAUCCUACAAGUAUGUUCACACCACCAAGUACGGCAAGUACUCCUUCAUCUCGGUGGAUGCAUGUCCAGACCCAGGUCCACGUAGGCCGUUCAACUUCUUUGGUCAGCUCAAUGAUGAUCGUGUGACGGAGCUUCAGAGACAUAGAGAUGAAACAAAAGACAGUAACCAGACAGUGUGGUUUGGUCACUACCCCACCUCCCUCAUAGUGCAGGAUCCACCAGGUCUCAAACACAUCAUGAGACAAGGGAUUGUGUACCUGUGUGGCCACCUCCACACCCUGAACGGCCUGAUGCCGAACAUGUACACCCGACACAAGACUGGCAUGCUGGAGUUGGAACUGGGAGACUGGAAGGACAACAGGAUAUUCCGUAUCUUGGUGUUCGACCAUGACAUGCUGUCCUUCCUGGAUGCCAGGCUGGGGGAGUGGCCACUUGUCAUCAUCACCAACCCCAAGCAUGCCUUGUUCCAGUCCGAGUCUCACGAACCUCUGUACCGACAGAGGGAAUCAACACAUAUCAGGAUUCUUAUAUUCCACACAGUGAAGAUAGACUCAGUGUCUGUGUAUAUAGACAACCGUUUCCUUGGCAAUGCCCAUCAUAUUGAAGGGCCCUUGUAUGUCUUUCAAUGGAACCCCCUGUCUUACAGCACAGCUAUUCACAGUAUCAGAGUGACAGUGGAGGAUAUCGAGGGCAAAAAGAAGAAUGUUCAACAGCCAUUCUCAAUAGAUGGCAGCCGACCUGACUUCCUCUUAGCUCCUCGUAUUCUGCUCAUGAUGAAUAUCUCCUCUGUGGGCAAGGUGGUAUUUGCUGCCAUGGUGUUUGUGUACAUACUGUUCUUAGGCUUCCUGCGACAAUGCUCAAACAUAAGGAACUUCUUUUUUAUAGGGCAGUCCCUACUAGAAUAUUAUGUGAACCGGUGGCUAUGGAAGUUAUGGCUGACCGCGAGAACUAACAGCAUUUACUACCCUGUACUUGGUGCUAUUCUUUAUGUAACAUUUGGUCCCUGGUUUGCGGGAGACUUCCUGGAGCACCACACCGGCCUGCUGUUUGUGUGGGGGCUGUUUGUACAUGGCUCCUUUAUCCCAGGGGGCCAUACAUACUUCUAUGGCAUUUUCCAUGUGAUAACUUUCCAUAUUCCUCUGCUCCUCCAUCUAAGUCAUUCUCUGGACCUUCUCUACAUUGCAAGUGGAAACCUACAGGAGGUCAAAGUCCGCCGAAUCACUCCAUUCCAACGAAUCACCCAGACAUAUCUUCCAUUUGCUAUUCUGUUCCUCUUCCAGUUAUUCACGACCCUCACAGAGUUCCCGGGGGCGUACGGGACCAAGGCUAUCACCCUGGGGCCUGUACGGACAGGGUCUUUGUUCCUUACUGCCUACCUACAGUACUCUUUGUUUCACAUCCCCCUUCAGCGAGUACAAAGCGUUAACUACAGUUAAUGGUGACUGUUUUAGGGUUUAUAUUUGUGUCCAUAGUAAAAACAUUGAGUGACAGGUCAUGUAGUUUCUACAAGUGUGCACUGUUAUCUCAAUGUUUUAUACUUGAUAUUAUGGAAGAUGUUUUUUAAUUGUUAAUGGUGAUUUUGCUAAAGUAAUUUUUUUUCAUGGUUUGCGAUGUUCUAAAUUAUCAGGGGAUUCUUGAGACCGGCGGUUGUGUUUUAAUCAGGGUUCCACUAAUUUAAACCUUUUUAAAAUGAGAACUAUGACAAGGAGCCUCUGACCUUCAUGGUAAUUUUCCAAGUACAUACUGUUACUUCCUUUGAAAUUUAUCUUGAUUUAGGGACAAAAUAUCACCUGAAAAAUUCCUUUUUGACGAUUUGUCAUCUUUUAUAUGGUGACUUAUGCAUUUGAAUGUACUCUGUGAUCUAGCAAAAUGACAGGAUGUCUGUUUUAGCCCACCAGAAAUGUAAAAUUUGAAACUUGUCAGAAACGUUUUUCAUACUUAAUGGCUAACAACUUGAAUUUAUUUCUUUCCUUUUUAGUCUUCCAAGUUAUAGAUUUCUGUGUCUGUGUCUCCAACUUAUUUUUUUGUAUUUAUGUCUUCAGAUAUAUAUACUUAACAGUUAAAUCAAUCUAAAAUAUCAUAUUUACUAAUGGUGAAGGAUUGCUUUGAACUUGAAACUGAUCCUUUUGUUUUAGAUUUUCUUUCAUAUUCUGUCUCACCGAGAAUGAUUCUUGCAUCUACAUUAAUCCUUCUUUGUCAAAGGUUUACAAUGGAAACACAACGAUCAAUCUCAUUAUAAUCAAAUUUUUUACUGUGAAAUGACAUAUCUCCGUGUUGAGAUCUUAGAACUCCACAAUGAAGAUCAGGUCAGGUGAACUUUUAGUCAGCCUUUCAGCAUCAAGGCUUCUGAAUUCUUGAAAACAAAUAUGGUCCAGGAAAUCUGAAUGUGAUAAUUAAAGCUGUACUAUUAUAUUAGUGUCGAUAAAUUCUCAACUGCGUCACUUGUGAACACCAUGGCAUCUGGGGGUGAAAUGAGUGAGUGAGUGAGUUUAGUUUUAAGCCACACUCAGCAAUAUUCCAGCAGUCAAGUGGAGGUGAAACUGUAUACCACGGUAUUAGUAGAACCACAGUAUUUUGCUUUCGGUUCGGUAUACCGUAGUGCAAUACCAAAAUUCUGUUUUCGUAACAUCAUUUCUAUCUGGUCAUAAGAUUAUAGUUUUGUUCAUUCAAAUUAAAAAAAAAUCGUGGUUAUGUUUUUUCAUGUUAAUAAACAAUGUAAGGUUUGGCUCUUGUCAAGUCUCAUAUACCAAACCGCAAUGGACCGAACAGACGGCCAUGUACCGCAAUACCAUGUACCAUGGUAAGAGUGUACCGUUUCACCCCAAAUGACAUCUACACCUAAAAGAUCACUUCUGACAGGUUUCUUUCGCAGAGAUUGAAAAUUCUUUAUGGGGACAGAAAUCAAGCCAAAUUAUGUUAGAAAGUUGAUGUCUGAUUUGCUCAAGAAACCACAUAUCCUUAAUUUGGACUGGUCUGACAAAGUUUCUUCAGUAUGUGGGUGUACUCUGUGCAAACUGACACAGACAAAUAUUGUAUCAGAGAAAUAGAGUUGAAUGAGAUGAGAUAACAACAUGAUACCCAUCGAAGCUAUUGAUGAUGUAACUUGGAUACAUGUAUGCCCCAGAACAUAGUGUUUUAGGAAAAGAAACAUAUGCUAUAGAGUUUUCUUUUACCUUUAUGUGCUUAUAUCUGAGUCUUAAUUCAAAGUGGACAGAAGCUGUCUCCAUUUACUUACUGUUUACAAGAUGAAUAAAAUGUUUUUAAACUUA